AUGGCCAUCACUCCACUUAAACGCUCAGCGUCUACAGAAUUUGUUAUUUGUAUUUCUUGUUUACAGACAACGAAAUUACAAGUACGUAACCUUACCAGUGAUCUGCAGACUGAAAGAAUCAAAUCGCAGAACGUUAGCGCAGAAUUGAAAGAAACCAUUGUUAACCUUCAAACGGACAAUCUGCUUCUCAAACAAAGCUUAGAGACAACAAAAUUACAAGUACGCAACCUUACAAGUGAUUUGCAGACUGAAAGACAGGAACGGAUCAAAUCGCAGAACGUUAGCGCAGAAUUGAAAGAAACCAUUGUUAACCUUCAAACGGACAAUCUGCUUCUCAAACAAAGCUUAGAGCCACUGUCUGAUGGUCCCACGCAGAUGCUGCUGAGGUUAUUUGUAUUUCUUGUUUUACAGACAACGAAAUUACAAGUACGUAACCUUACCAGUGAUCUGCAGACUGAAAGAAUCAAAUCGCAGAACGUUAGCGCAGAAUUGAAAGAAACCAUUGUUAACCUUCAAACGGACAAUCUGCUUCUCAAACAAAGCUUAGAGACAACAAAAUUACAAGUACGCAACCUUACAAGUGAUUUGCAGACUGAAAGACAGGAACGGAUCAAAUCGCAGAACGUUAGCGCAGAAUUACAAGAAACCAUUGUUCAAAUUCAAAGAGGCAAUCUGCUUAGCAACCAAAGCUUUGAGACUGGAGUUGUCGAUAGUGUGUCAUCAAUCGACGACUUGCCUUCGUGUGGAGCAUCAACUCGCGGCUCAAUUCGUCUCUUGCCCGUUUCUGUAAAUUCUGCGCUUAGGAGAGACGCCUUCAUAAUAUGUGCUGACUUGGAAAAUGGAAAAUUUCAAUGGAUUGAAGUGAUGACAAAUGGUGGCAUCCCUACAAACGGCAGCAGUUGCCGAGAAUUGAUAGAACCCACAUAUCUUUCAUCUGUUCUACCAGAUGGACUCUACAACCUAACAGACAGCAACAUGGACUCUGUGACGGGUUAUUGUGAUAUGACGACAGACGGUGGCGGAUGGUUAUUGAUUGGCAAAUCAUUUCAACCGAACGUACUAAAUUUAGAUUCGACAAGCGACCCCGUAACUUUGACAAGCGGGCAAGGAUGGUCAAAUAGAUUUCCAUCCAUCGUCGUCAACGAUUUUCGUGUGCAAUUUGCCAAUUCGAGUUCGAUGGAAGAUACGAAAGGAAAUUGGUACUAUCAUUUAGCUCGUCCUCGACCUCUUGCUCAACUUUUCACAUCUGGAUUAUUUAAUGCAAAUGGGUGCGAAGGUAAAGAUGGAAUCACAGAUAUUGAAUAUACAGUUGACAUUCGCGGUGGUACAAGAAACAACAAUCAUAGAUGUUCAGCAUUUCAAGAUCCAGGUUCAAAUUCCUUCAAUGGCAUCAACAAUUGUUUCACUUCAACUGGUUGUUCUAUUCCUGGCGACGACGGCUCAUUUAGUUUCCAUGGACAGAAUGCAAUAUCUGGACAAGACAUAUCUUCGACUGCUUUCUUUGGAUGUGAUGAUAACAACUGUUGUGCAUGCUGGGGUCCAAAUGGAGGACAAGAAACUUACUGCAGCAAUAACUGUAUAACAAUAAACGGUGGUAGCAAGCAAAGUUCCGGAUAUGCAUGGUUCUAUGUACGCUAAUAGAACAAUUCUUGUGUCAAGACAGCAGACAAUAGCCUACGUACGUUGCACGACGAGUUAUUCUAACUUCACUGAUAAUGCGCAUGUGUUCGUUUAAAAUCCUAACUGGAAACUGUUUCAAAGUAGAGCAAAUCAAAGGUCUUUGGUGCAUUACACGAGUUGAUUCAACCAUCAAUUGUUUGUCAUAUUUACAAAUUUAACAUUUUAUUAACACUUUAUGU